AUGCGCACAUCAGUUCUGGUUGCGGCCUCGGCCGGCACAAUCAUCACCGGCCUGCUCGCCUAUGCCGUGUACUUUGAUCACAAGCGACAGACCGACCCCGAGUUCCGCAAGUCCUUGAAGCGCAACAACCGCAAGCUUGCCAAGGCUGUCAAGGAAGAGCAAGAGGCUCACGGUGCUGCUCGUCGUGAUGCGAUCAAGCAGGCUGUGCAACGCGCCAAGGAGGAGGGCUUCCCUGCCGACUUGGAGGAGAAGGAGUCCUACUUCAUGAACCAGGUCGCGAAGGGUGAGGGUCUGUGUGCAGAGGGCUCCGACAACGUCGAGGCUGCCCUCGCCUUCUACAAGGCCCUCAAGGUGUACCCCCAGCCCAAGGACCUGAUCUCUAUUUACGAUAAGACCGUUCCUAAGGAGUGCUUGGAGAUUCUUGCUGAGAUGGUUGCGAUGGACACGAGCCUCAACCUCGGUGGUUCAUUCACCGGUGGUGAGGGGUCCGUCAGCAGCGCUGACAACCACGGUGUCGAGUAA